CUUAAGUCCAGUCUUAACGACAACAUGUACCGGUACCUAACGAACAAACGUUUACUGAUGCUUUUGGCGUUGUUUGUUUUUAUCAGCACUACAUUUGAUCUAGUCAGUGCUCUAAGUCCGCCUUGUACAUCAGUAGGAUUAUGUCCAUUGCCAAGUGGUCUAACAGGAAGCGGGUUGGAAAAUGGUGUUGUAAAUCCAUGGCCGCCGGCCAAGGACACUGGCACGUCAGAGCCGUGUCUUCCUUUGGGAAAGGAUAAGAUAAGUUUUAAAUGCGAUGAUGGAUUUCGUUUGCAGACAAGCAAAAUAGAAUUAUUUUGUGACCUGCUUUUUGAUUGGAACCUAAAUGCGCCAACCUGUGUUGAAAAUGUCCCAGCCACAGGCCUGCCUGCUGCAACAGAGGCACAGCUACCACCAUGUGCCAAGUGUUCAGAUGAAACAUUAAUGAUGGUCAUCAUUAUUAUGUCCGUACUGCUAUGCAUAAGCUGGCUCAUAAUCAUUGUGAUUUUCAUCUGCAAAAGAGAUGCUCUAGCUGUUGGAAAUACACGUGAAACCGUCAUCGUUGACGGCGACAAUCGACCGACUGCUCCAGUGGUCGGACAUACAAUACGCGAACCGGUCUUGGUACACGGAGAACGUCGACCAAUGAUUACUCAAGGUUCAAAUAUUAACACAUUACAACUGAAUGAGAGACCCCCGAUGCCAGAGCCUAGAACGGAUGCCAUAGAGCAAAGAGAACGCGAUUAUGAUUACGUAGACAGGAACAAAUUAAAGCAAAAUGGAGAAGCUGACUACCUUGAACUUGAGAAGUAAAGAUAUGCAAAAUGAAAGUAGGCCUACCUCUAGAACAUACACAGUGGCGGAUCCAGGGGGCUGGGAUGAAUCCCCCUCUGUGAUGAAACGUACAAAAUACUGUAGUUGGCGGAUUCAACAAUGAGGCCCGGCUACUUUUAUGUUCAAACUUAAAUAUGAGAGUGCCAUUUCCGGCCAUUUGCCAUAAAUCCUCCAUUUGUGCCCCUCCCCCCCCCCAUCUCUUUGAAUUCCUGUCUCCACCACUGUACUUUACUGGAUCCUGGCCUACAAAAGGUAGGCAUGUGCCAAACUACCUAUGUAGGCAGAUCGGACAGACUAUGCCUACUUAACCUAUAAUUAAAUAAAAUUAAAAACACUGUUUUGGUUCGACCAUAAUGUAUUAUUAUUCCUAAUGGGUGAUACGGAAUCAAACCAUUUGAUUCAGCAAGGUCUUCCGUUUAAGAUAUUUGAAUAAAAUAAUUUUUUUCUGCAUGUAUACACACACACACACACACACACACACACACACACACGCAUUUAAAUAGGCCUACUUACUGUAUAAGAAUGAGAUAAAAUCACAUGACCUUUUUGAAAAAGAGUGAAGUCUUGAAUUUUGAAGAAAUUAAAAGUCAUUGUAAAAAUGUUGAACACCAUUGCUUCAAAUCCAGGAUCAGCCCCCGUGGCUAUGAAUGUAUAUACAAUUGUGAAACUGUAAUGGCUAAUAGAAAAACUCGCAUCUUCUUUCGCUAAUGUCGCUAUAGCUUCAUUCAGUUACCUAAUGUACCUUACUGGUCAUGUACGAUCAAAUUGCAGAAUUCUCUUUUAAUGGAGAAAUUCCAAAUUAAAUGACAUGCAUUCGCCAGAACAAAUUAAUCAAAAUGCCACAAUAUUCAUCCUACUACUUUUAGUAAGGGAUCAUUUACUAAAUGAGAUCAGAGAUUAAAUUAAACUAUCAUAUUAUUGUAACGUUGAAGAGAAAAGAGGCGUAUGUGUAUAAUUAGUUUAUUAAGUUAAAGUUUUAUUUUAAUUAUGAAAUAUUUUUUUGCUAAACAUCUGACACAGUAUUCAACUCAUGGUUUCGACGAUUAUGGAAUAAAUUGCUAAAAGAUUUCACAGGUAAUUUCCCCUUUUGGUUACGUUUACUGCAGGUUAUUUUAGUAUACUAUAUAUUAUAUAAUACCACUUUACUAAUUAUAUUCAACUUUUAUAUAAACUUAAAUGAGAUAAUCAUUAUUUAAUAUGUAUAUAGCUAAACAAUUAGGUGAAAUUUAUAUUUUAAUUGAAUAUUUUUGAGGACUUUUGGUUUGUCUUGUGGGCCUAUUUAUUUAUGUUAACUAAAAAUAUUGAACAAUAUACUGUACUGACGAACUGUUAUAAGCAUUGCAUUCUGUAUACAAUGUCUAAUAUAAUGUAGGCUCAGCUUUAAACAAGGCGAAGCAAUUUAUCAAGCUGGCAUAAGUAGCAAAAAUCUACUUUUAAUUUCUUAUAGACCUAAGUAGGUCCUUGUAAUUUGAUAGGUGUAUUUAAUAUCACUUGACAAUGGGUAUUUUCACCAAUUAUUGGCCGGCAAAAUAAUAUAUUGUCAUAAUUUAUAAUAAAUUAGGCUAUAUUAUCAUAAUUUUGUCCUAUUUACUGUAGUUAUGUAUGUACAGUAGGUAGGAAUGUGCUAUUAAUUUUCUUGAGACAGUCUGGAGAGUUGCCCACAAAAGAAUGAAUAUGUCAUCAUCAGUAAUUACAUCUGGUGUUUCGUUUUUACUCAUGAAUUUUGUUGUUAGGUUUUAUUUUGUUGUUACGUUGUAUCUCUGAAAGCAUAUGAAUGAUGAUGUAAUAUAAUACAGUGUGCAGUCACUCACAAUGUGCAAAAAACAACAGUUCAAUCC